AUGCCAUCUUUAAAAGCAAUACAGGCUACUUUUGAUGGUAGCCCAGGACGAGGGGCCCUCUUCUUAGGCCAGGUGUUAAAUCACAUAGAUUGUUACGGCCAUAUGUAUACGUCGCAGUGGGACUUGGUGAUGGCUGUGAUAGCAGUGAUGGACGGAGGGGCUGCUGACUGGGUGGCUGAUCUGUAUGGGGAUCAUGCUGUGGAACUCGGGGACAUUGGUCUGUUCCUGAUGCCACUGCGAGAGAGGUUUGAAUCCAGCAGGAUCCAGCAGGCGGAAGCGGAAUUGAGGGCUACAAGACAACAAGGGAAGCCAGUAGCUGAAUACAUCAGAGAGUUCCGGUGUCUGGCAAGCAAAGUGAGGAUGUGGCCAGAGAGGUUGGUGGCCCAUGACUUUAAGGUCGGUCUUCAACAAACACUACACCUGGCCUGCAUCUACAGAGGGUUGCCACCUAGACUGACUGCAUGGUUCCAGGCCACCACGGAAUUAGCUAUAGAGUUCCACGAGGAUAAGCCAGACGCUUUACUGGCUGACCUGGAAUCCACGACCUCCCAUAUCUCCAAGCGUCCGGUGUUCCUGUCGGAGGAGACCUCGUAUUCCUACCCAACUGGAAAUCACACCUAUCAGGAAGUCCCGCUGCCUCCUCCGGUCCCCCCUCCGCCUUCCACCGAGGCCUUAAACGGGACAGUCAACAUCUCUUUAGAGCAAUGGAAUCCUGUCCUUCCGAGAAAUCCUCAACCGCAGUCUGCGGAACCAUCUCCUACCCUGAUGAGCUCCUCCUUAGGCAACAACCUCUCCGAACUGGACCGGCUCCUCCUGGAACUGAACGCGGUGCAGCACAACCCCUCAGCCGCCAGCCCCACAGCUAUUACUGUGAAUCAAGGAGCGAUGAGCAGCCCUCAGCGGUUCGCUUCUAGCCAGCAACAGACCCGGAUAUCUGCCUCUUCGGCUACCAGGGAGCUGGACGAGCUCAUGGCUUCCCUUUCAGACUUCAAGACCAGUUCUACCAUCUCUCUACCCUCUGAACCUUCCCUACAGCCGACCUCUGGAUCACCUGAUUCUGUUCCGUCCCAUACGGUCCCACCCUGCGCCUCCAAGCGCCCCCGGGCUAAACACGAUGGGCCUGGCCCCGGUUCCAAGGCCCCUCUUGGGCUGGAAGUCCUACACAUCGAUGAGAAAAGCAGCAGCGGCUUAGCGGUGGUGGCCCCCGCCCCAGAGCUUCCUUCCAACGCUUUGCAUCGUCAUCCCGCCACCCCUUGGGCCAAGCCCCCGCUGGGUAAAGCGUCCACCCCUCGCCUGAGCUCCGAAGGACCCAGCAGAGCCCCCGCUGAGAAGUCCCGUGUCUCUUCCUCCGAGCCCGAGUUGUUACGGGUUUGCGGGGAUGGUGCGGGAGCUCAAAAAUCCACGGAGCCAGAAGGACCUUGGGUGGAGAACCUGAACGGUGAAGACAUCCCUUCGGUUCUGAGCAGGGUUUUGAGGAUGCCGGCCCCCCAAGAAGAGAGGGCUCCCUUCCCCCUCAAAGCGCCUUUCUUCAAGGAGAACGGGAUGAGGACGGUGGGUUACGCCAGGCAGAGCAAUUCAGAAACGUCCCUCUUGGUGCCAAGAACGUCCCUCAAGAAAGACCACGUCGGGGCCCCCGAUCUCUUCAACGUAGAACGAUGGGAGAGUUUCCCAGGCGCAAAAAGCCAAGCCGGCUGGGCUGUCCAGCCGGCCUCGAAUCACGGGACCGAAACCCGAGACCCGGCCAGGGCAAACAGCUGCCCUGAUGUUGCGGAGAGGGGAUCCAGGAAGGACAGCCUUCCCAGCGGGCUGGCGGCUGCGCCAAAGUCCUCCGGGUGUGUCCGGGAAGAGGAACUGGAGCGUAUCGGCGGUCGUACGAUCCUCGUGGAGAGAAUGUCCACUUCGAGCCAGGCAGGCACGGGGAUGAAUGGGGAAGGAAGGAGCGAGCCGGUGACGCGAGGGAUGGCGAUGUCUCCCGUGUCGCUUCUGGUUUUGGCUGUGCAUGAAACACGCUUUGGAGUUUGUGCCUUGGAUUUCGCUAGCAUUGCAUGCUGCUUCCACAUUGGUGUUUGCGAACCUUUCGGGGGGCCCGAGUGCCGAAACGGGAGCGG